AUGGAGCUGGACGUCGAGGCGGGAAAGGUACUCAAGCUGCUAAAGCCAUUGUAUGGACUUAAACAGUCGGGUCGCUGCUGGAAUGAGACAAUGAACGAGUACAUCAUCGCCCUUGGUUUUAUCAAGUCAAGACUCGACCCGUGCAUCUACUACAAGCGCGGGAAAAGGAGCGGUUGA